GGCAGGAGAAGUUUGUCUCCAUUAUCAAUUUGUUCUAAUCUCCGCCAAUGGUGGUGGAGAUGUGCGUCUCCGAGCAAGAGUGUCACUCGUGGUACCCCCUCAUAUAACCGGACCACCUCACGAGGGGUACAGGACGAUAGGCUCUUCUCGAGCAAACCGUGAACUUUUUCGUCAAGGAUCUUGAGAAGUUACCACGGGCUUCCACUGCAUCCGCCAUCAUGGUUGCCGACUGGGAAACACGUGCGAAAACAAAACGAGAUGCUAUUCUCAACUCCAUCCCUGAGAAAUGGCGACUUCAAAAGAUCCCCACGCCGGAAGAGCAAAAGGACGUCACUAGCUCCUACAUUCAGCAAUUCCUAGACGAGAAAGAAAUUGCAAUCACCGAAACCGACGCGGUCGGCAUCGCCGAAAAGGUCGCAGCCGGUGAAUGGUCUGCGGUCGAAGUCACACAAGCAUUCUGUCACAGGGCCUCUUUGGCUCAUCAGUUGGUCAAUUGUCUGCAUGAGACCUUUUUCGACGCUGCUCUGGAAUCUGCCAAAUCGCUUGACGCGUACUUUGCGAAGAAUAAAAAAACAGUUGGGCCUCUUCACGGAGUCCCUGUCUCUCUGAAAGAUCAGUUUCAUGUCAAGAAUGUCGAAACCACGAUGGGAUAUGUCGGCUGGAUAGGGACUUUUGAAGGCAGUGCCGAUGACCUACGCAAAGGCCAAUAUGAAAGUGAAAUGGUUAGGGAACUCAGAGCCCUCGGUGCAGUGCUAUACUGCAAAACCAGCGUCCCACAUACUUUGAUGAGUGGAGAGACCAUCAACAACAUCAUUGGCUAUACUUGGAAUCCCAAAAACCGCUACCUCUGUUCUGGUGGCAGCUCUGGGGGUGAGGGAGCGCUGAUUUCAUUGAGGGGAUCGCCAGGCGGGUUUGGUACUGACAUUGGAGGUUCAAUCCGCAUUCCUGCGGCGUUCAAUGGGCUCUAUGGCAUUCGGCCCUCGUUUGGGAGAUUGCCGUACGAAGGUAUGGCCAACAGUAUGGAUGGGCAGAAUAGUGUCUUGUCGGUUGUCGGUCCUCUCGCCACUACCGCUCGAUCUGUUCGACUGCUCACAAAAGCUAUCCUCUCAGAAAAGCCCUGGCUUCACGAUCCCCUAGUUAUCGAUAUGCCGUGGCGUGAUACCCAGGAGCAAGCAAUCCACAAUAUUGUCAAAUCAUCUUCACAGGGAGGCCGACUGAGCUUCGGAGUACUGAAAACGGACGGUAUUGUGAAUCCUCAGCCGCCUGUGGCGCGAGCAGUGUCUAUGCUCGCUGAGGCUCUCAGCAAAGCGGGACAUCAGAUCAUCGAGUGGAAGCCACCUUCGCACAAGACAAUAUUGGACAUAACAUUCAUGACCUGGGGAUAUGAUGGUGGAAAGGACGUGCACGGUGCUUUUGCACUUUCCGGCGAGCCCAUGUCUCCUCAGAUUAAAAUGAGCUUCGGUGACGGGCCUAAGCAGGAACUGACCGCCUCACAGAUCGCCGCUAACAACAUUGAGAAGCGGAAAUACCAGAAACAAUACUUGGACUACUGGAAUAGCACUGCGCAGCUCACACAGACCGGUCAACCUGUGGAUGGUUUCAUUUGUCCGCUCGCGCCAUAUCCGGCUGCGAGACCCGAAUUGUACAAGUACUACGGUUACAGUGUGUUUGUGAAUGGGCUCGACUAUACAAGCGUUGUCGUACCAGUUACCAUUGCCGACAAAACCAUCGAUAAAUAUGCCGAUGGUUAUACGCCAAUCAACGAGCAAGACAAGGAGGCCUCUGAAGCUUAUGAUGCCGACUUGUAUGACGGCGCUCACGUUAGUGUGCAGAUCGUCGGGCGGAGGUUCACGGAAGAGAAGAUGUUGGCAAUUGCAGAGUACGUUGGCAGCUUGGUCGGGAAAUAGGCUGGCACACGCCAUCAGAAGACAGAAAGUCAAUAUUUCGACAUGAAUUUAUAAUGAACCAUCUUGCGGUGUGCAAAAUCAGAACCUCAGGC